AUGAUAGAUUUCUCUAAAAUCGAUUGGUCUGCUUGGUUCGAACUAAUUCGCCCCCCGAGGCUCAACUUCAUCACUCUUCAUUAUUUUUAUAUCAUCGGGUGCGCCAUUGUUGGUUCGAUUUUGAUCUUUCCUCUCAAAAACCUUCCAUACGUUGAUUGUCUCUUUUUUACUACUGGAUCGAGUACACAAUCCGGCCUCAACACUGUGGAUUUGAAUACAUUGACAACAUAUCAACAAGUCGUCCUUAUACUUGUACCAUGGAUCACAAACCCUAUCAUUAUAAACACCGGGGUGGUGUUUAUCAGACUUUACUGGUUCGAGAAACGCUUCGAAACAGUUGUCGCGCAGAGCAAGACACUGGUCUCGUCGCGCAGAACCAUGUCUAGACGAAAGUCGGAAGGUCCUGAUCAGGCAGAACGCGGUGUUGCUGGUAGGAAAAUAACGGUUCUCUUGAACUCGGCGAAGAAAACCGGGCCAUCUGAAAAAACUGAAGAUCAAACAACCAGUGGCAAUAAGGACCUGCAAGAAUUUAGGAAAAACUUUGGGUUUAAUGGACCCAAUCGUCCUAUAAAUUUCCCAGGGUUAAGGUCUCAUUCCAGAUCGAGGUCGGAUGGAAAUCACCAGCUUGCAAUGAGGCACAGUAAGCCUGGUGGUUUGUUCUCUGAUACUAUUAAUGAUAAUGAUGAUGAUUUCGCAAUCGAGGAUGACGAUGAAACGCCGCCACGACCUCCUAUGUCAGCCAUUCCCGCCAAUACUGAGUUAAGUGGGAUCCUGGAAAAAGGUGGCGAGACCUCUGCCCCUGGGCACAUCAGUUUCGCAGAACCUAAGCCUAGGCACCGGAAGGACUCUGAAGUAAUCGUCGUACCUAGCCCCUUUGAUGUCGAAAACCGUGGAUCUGGAAUUGCACACAGGUUCGUCGAUGGUGGGUCCGAAGAUGAGGAAAGGGGUCCGAAAGACGAGGAGCAGACUCUACCGCCCGUCCCGGAAACUCCCGGUCUAGUCAAGCGUGCUAUCACAAUUGAUGAACCGACGAUGACUCGUGAGACGAUGCAUUCAAACGCCCGACAGCGGAUCCGAACUGCGACAUCUAGAGGCUCUACAGAUCAGAACUACUUUCUUACCCCAGUCAGUCCUGGUGUCCAUCGAGUUGUAUCCAACAACUUCCAUCGUCGCCGAGGGUCUAGUCCGUCGAGGAAGAGCACUAAGAAUGCCGAACCUGCGCCUUACCUUCCUCAUACACUUACAAUCGGCAGGAACUCGCAGUUUAACUAUGGCGAGCUUUCCGAGGAGGAAAAGGAUGAGUUAGGUGGCGUUGAGUAUAGGUCCCUGCGGACUUUAGGAUAUAUCCUAGUUGCCUACUUCUUAUUCUUCCAGGUUUUUGGAAUCAUCUGUCUACUCCCGUGGAUCCAUACACAAUUGAAAUAUGCAGCUGUAGUAGAUGCGGCUCACCAAAAUCGAACGUGGUGGGCAAUCUUUACUUCCUCGUCUGCGUUUACGGAUUUGGGGUUUACCUUGACCCCCGAUUCUAUGUUGUCCUUCCAAACAGCGACCUGGCCACUCCUCCUGCUCUCAUACCUUAUCAUUAUUGGCAAUACGGGAUUUCCAUGCAUGCUUAGAUUUAUCAUUUGGGUGCUUUGGAAAAUAUGCCCUGAGAACUGGGUAGCCAAAGAAAGUUUGCAUUUUCUUCUCACCCACCCGCGACGAUGCUUUACUCUGCUGUUUCCGAGCCGAGCCACUUGGUGGUUGUUCGGUGUCUUGGUAAUAAUGAACGCUACGGACGUUAUAUUAUUCAUAGUUCUAGACCUAAACAACCCGGAUAUCACCGCGCUCUCAGUCAACAAUCGCAUUUUAGAUGCUUAUUUCCAAGCUGUCUCUACGAGAACAGCGGGUUUCGCAGUUGUGAAUUUGGCAAAUCUACACCCGGCUGUUCAAGUCAGCUAUCUUAUCAUGAUGUACAUUUCAGUUUUCCCGAUCGCUAUUAGCGUUCGAAAAACAAAUGUUUAUGAGGAAAGGUCGCUCGGCAUUUACGCCGACCACGAGGAAAAUGACAACCCCAACGAUCAUUCAUUUGUUGGCGCCCAUUUAAGGAGACAAUUGUCAUUCGACUUAUGGUAUGUAUUUUUGGGGUUGUUCGCGAUUUGUAUAUCGGAAGGAACAAGGAUAUCAAGUCGUGAAGAUUAUGCCUUCACCCAAUUUGCCUGCCUCUUCGAAGUUAUUUCCGCCUACGGAACCGUCGGGCUAUCUCUCGGAUAUCCCAACGUCAACACUUCAUUCUCAGGCCAAUUCAAUACGUUUAGUAAGAUUGUCAUCAUGGCGAUGAUGGUCCGAGGCCGCCACCGUGGCUUGCCGUACGAACUUGAUCGCGCAAUCUUGCUGCCCUCCGAAUCCCUACAGCAGAAAGAAGAAGAGGAUGUUACUCUAAGGUUACAAAGACGUACUGAAACGCAGGAGAGGGCAGAAAGACGUAGUCUGAGAGCAAUGAGCCGGGGACCGUCAGCGGAAAAUGUCAAUGGUGGGAUUAGCAACGGGACCGUUAAUGGUGGGGCUACCAAUGGCGGGACUGCUAAUGGCGGGGCCACCAACGGAAAUGCUAAAUCGGGAGACGGAACUGGAGUUACAACAGGUUUCCAAAUGCAAAGAGCAGCGACUUAG